AUGUAUACUUUAUUUCUCAUAGGAAUCACUGCAUCAAAUACAAAACCUGAGAUAGAAACUGGAGGUGCUGCGCGUUCGCUUAAGGAACGUUUUGAGAGAGGUGAUAUAUUCAAGGACUCUAGAGAUCACAGUAAAGAGAAAUCGUGCAUUAAAAGUGGACUACAAAAUGAAGCUGACGUGUUUGAAUCCGCGAUUAGCAAAACAUCACGGAGCAUUUUUAUGGAAUUAGAUGCUAAUGUAGCUGCUGGCAACAAACAAAUGAACACAUCAACGCCGCUAAAUCGACAGCUGAACCAGCAACAUUCAUAUAAUAUAAAGCGGCAUAGUAACGAAAAUUAUUCCGAGGACGUCAUCAAGUAUGAUGAGAAGCCAGAGGAUAUAAAAAUUGAGACUUCAGAAUUAAGUUCGAAAUUUAAAUUUUUCGAAUCCUACUGUCCAAUCGAGCAGAAAAAAAAGGAGUUUCGUUUUACACCGCCACGAGAGGGUGUUGUAAAAAUGCCAACUCCUGAAUCGGAUACUGAAAACACAAAAUAUUUAGAUGAACUUGGUGAAGAGGCGCAUGUACUAGAAAAAUCUCAUACAACUACCACCAUGUUGAAUAAGUUUCGAGAAAUGGAACAAAAAAGCAAUGGUAAAAAAGCUGGCCCGAAGCCUUUGAAGUGUUUUACACCCCCGCUAGACGGUGGCGAGCGUGUCUAUCAGGAUGAGGACAGUAGCGACGUGGACUCACAGGGUGAAAAUGAAGAAUUUGAAUAUGAGGAUCAAGACGAAGUUGACGAUGAGGAUUACGAUUUAUCGAGAGAGCGCUAUAAGCGUUCCCUGGACGACGAAGUUCUUAAGGAGGCACAAGCAGCAGCGCGCGCUAAGCAAUUACGAGAAAAAUUCGAAAAGUGGGAAGCUACCGAAAGAGAAAAGGAGAUGAAAGAAGGGCGUGUCGAUAUCUAUACCACCGAAGUAUUAGACCACUCGAACAUUGAAAGUACAAAAGCUAUACGCGAACGGUUCGAAAAUAUGAAGAACUCCACACAUAAUACGCAAAGAAGACCACGGUGUCAAGUCAAUCGUUUUGUGUAAAAGCUCGUCGCUAGAGUCUGCUUAUGAAUCGUCCAACACAUGGGAUAUAUUUGAUGUAAUACCGGAGAUUAAUGUUACGUCGAAGUUUAUAGCUUUAUAUUUUCAAAAUGUUAUACUAAUAUCAAUUUGAACAAAUUAUUAUACAAACAGAAGUGAUUCUAUUAUUGUAACUAACAUAAUUCGGGGUUGGCUGCACUAUUUGAAUUUUUGCACCAACCCAGUUAAUUUAUCACACCUAAAUUACAUGAAUGACAGCUAGGCGAUAAGGAUAACGAUUACUAAAUCAUUAUGAUUGCGGCAAUCGCCUUGAGUUAAAAAACCGAUGCAAAUUUAUUAAAAAUUUCAUCGGCGCGAAAAAGCAUGUGAAGUUUUCCCAAGGAAGGCAAUCCUAUUAAUGGUGGAAAAGAACUGCCAAAAAUUACAUUUGUUCGGAAGCACUUAUGUAAUGAGUAUUAGUAAGACCGCUUUCAUUCACGUUCAAUUGCACAUGUAAUCCUUAUCCCUCAGCUCUGUUGUGAACACGUUUAACAAACAAAAACUCACCAAAUAUUCUUAGGAAGUUUAAAAUACAAAUUCUUGAACUAAAUAUUAUUUUAUUUUUGAAAUAAAUUUUUUACUGUGCGUAUAA